AUGGCUAUUCUCGAAGUUGUUGAGAAUCUGCUGCAACUGAAAGAAGUCAUCUUCGAUGGGGAAAGCCUCAUUGACACCAUCGAGAUGAGUGAUACCAAAUGCCUUCUCGGUAUGAUUCCUAUGGAUGCCGACAAGUUUCCCGAAUGGAGCGACCAUCAUCUCCCCGAAAAGACCAAGUUUGGGUCAUUUUGGAAUCCGUUCGGCCGUCGAAGCUCCAAGUAUCAAGUCCCUAAAUCCAGAAUGCACAUGCUCACAAUGCUUGUCGGCAACAAAAGACGAAAAAGAGAGCGAAACCCGCCCCGUUGGCCCGGCUUCAUUGCCUUCUAG